UCAGCAUCGCAUCUCUUAAACAUGCAUCAACCUCGCAGCCAUCAUGCUUGAUUCGCUAUAGCAAUAAAAUACGCACAUACAUCCAUACGUGAUACACCCCCUCAAUACCAGCGUAUCGCCACAUCAAUUGAUAUUAGUUUUGUAUCCACCAUGCGCCUCACUCCUAUCCUCCAAUCCACAUAUCCUCGUCUCACAUCCCUCAAAGCCGCCCAACUCCAACGCAUCGCCCAAGCAACAGGCAUCCAAUCCUCAGGCCCUAAACCGGCCCUCCUCGAUAGGCUUCAAGCUGAACUCCCGCAGAGCGAGUAUGCCCCAAUCUCCGGAGCUGGCAGCCAUAGCCAUGCUAAAAACGGCAUGAGCAUUCUGAGCAUCGAUAUGGGGAUUCAGAACCUUGCUUUUGCGCAUCUUCUUGUUCCGGGCUCUAUGCCUUCUCUGAAGGCAUCUUCGUCGUCGGGGUAUUCAGCGCCUCAGAUACAGCUAAACGCAUGGCGACGAAUGGGGGUUUCGGACAUUGAUGCGUCGUCGGUCUUCCCUUCGGGUAUCUCUCCACCAUCCUCCACAAGUUCAAAAGGCGCCAGUAGUGUCGAUGCCUUCCAUCCCUCUCUAUAUGCAAAACACGCAUACACGCUCAUCACCUCAUUACUGGCAACGUACCAACCCACGCACAUCCUCAUUGAACGACAGCGGUUUCGUUCUGGGGGUGGCAGUGCAGUGCAAGAGUGGACGCUGCGCGUGGGCGUGUUUGAGGGGAUGCUGUAUGCGGUUUUGCAUACGUUGGCGCAGCGUGGUGGUGGGGGUGGGGAUGUUGGUGGGCCUUUUGUUCACGGGGUGGAACCGAUGCGUGUAGCGAGGUUUUGGGAUGGAGGUGGCGGUGGCGGUUCAGUUGAGGGUGAGACGGAUGGAGAGAAAGUGAGUAAGAAGAAGAGAACUAAUUCAAAAGAGGGAAAGAAGAUCAAGAUUGAUGUGGUUGGGGGUUGGUUAGCUGCGAAUAUGGGGGGUGAAGCUGGGCAGACGCCAUCAUCGUCGAAGAUAUGUGUAGGGGAGAGUCCUGAGCUGCGGGAUUUGGUGGAUGCGUAUUUAUGCAAAUGGCAAGGGAAGAAGAAACGAUCAUCGAAGAAGACAGAUGGGAAUGGGGGUGGGGUUAAUAUUGGCAAGUUGGAUGAUUUGGCUGAUUGUCUCCUUCAGGGUGUGACUUGGUUGGAGUGGCAUACUAUGCGGCAUCGAAUUUGCCAGGAGGGACUGGAUGUGAUGGAGUUUGAUCGUGAUUGAAGAUACCCUGUAUAAGUAUAAUUGAUAUAUAAAGUGAUCUUGCAAAUAAUACCGUCUAUAUACGACUACGUUGGCUUUACUAGACAAUCAUAAGAAAAUAAAAAUGGAAUUCGCUCUCAUGAGUCUAUGGGUCAUUAUCCUUCUGUCCAAUAUGAUAAGUCAGUUAUUUACUUGGGUAAAAAGGAAAAAGUAGUAAAAUCAUAUUGUACAGUCGAGUAACAGGUAUCUGAGAUCGUUUGGUUUUCCUUCUGAAGCAUAUCAAUGGUGUCUGACAUACAGGGAUCGUGACAAUGGCUUUGGUAGAAGUAGAGAAAAUAAAAUAGAAAGGAAGAAAUAGA